AUCCAUUGUUGGCAGAGAGCUAUGUAUCAGCCCAUUGAGUAUUUACUCAGCCUGUACUGUCUGACGAGUUAAAGUCAGGACCUUGAAAGCUCUUUUUGUCCCAGUGAGAACAUUCCAGGCUGCGAGAGAGCAGUGAAAAAUGAGAGACCACUCUCAAAUGAGCUUUGUUCUUUCCUUGAUCUUGGUGUCUGUCUCUAUCCAGCUGUCAGCAUCUGAUCCAUCGAAAACAAAUUGGCUUCUCAACGUUUUGUUACCACCGAUAGGCCCUGAAGAUGCAAACUUUAAGCAUAACGAAGUCCCACCCCUGGUCAUUGUGCCUGGGCAUGUUGGAAAUCGCCUGGAAGCAAAGUUAGACAAACCUGCUAUAGUCCAUUGGCUGUGCAUGAAGAAAAGUAACUACUACUUCACAUUGUGGCUCAACCUGAAUAUGUUCCUGCCCAUCGGAAUUGACUGCUGGAUAGAUAAUAUCAGACUUGUUUACAACAGGACAACAAGGAGGAGUUCCAAUUCCCCUGGGGUAGAGAUCCGAGUGCCUGGUUUCGGGAAGACUUAUUCUGUGGAAUAUCUGGAUCCAUUUAAACUAGCAGGGUACUUGCACACGUUGGUGCAGUUCUUGGUAAACACAGGCUACGUUCGUGAUGACACUGUGCGAGCAGCCCCCUAUGAUUGGAGAGUUGCAGCAUACGAACAAGAAGAAUAUUUUGACAAAUUGAAGCAACUGAUUGAGGAAAUGUACACGGCACACAACAAGUCUGUUUACCUGCUGGGCCACAGCAUGGGGAAUCUAUACAUCUUAUACUUCCUGAAAGAACAGUCCCAGGAAUGGAAAGACAAAUUCAUUAAUGGAUUCAUUUCACUCGGAGCUCCAUGGGGGGGAACAGUGAAAUCUCUCGCUGUGCUUGCCUCAGGGGACAACUAUGGCCUCGCUCUUGACCUCAUGAAGAUACGGCAGCAGCAACGGACAACAACAACGAACCCUUGGCUACUUCCUACCUCACAAGCCUGGCCAGCAGAUCAUGUGUUCAUCUCCACCCCAAGCUACAAUUACACAUACAAAGACUACAGGAAAUUCUUCACUGACAUAGGAUAUGAAGAUGGCUGGUUCAAAUGGCAACACAGCAAAAGUUUUCUGACUGACCUGCCUCCUCCAGGGGUGGAAUUGUAUUGUAUGUAUGGAACAGAAGUUCUAACACCGAUGACUUAUGUGUACGAUGAAAACUUUCCAUCCAACCAGCCAAUACAGAUUAUCUACGGAGGUGGUGACAACACAGUGAAUAAGAGAAGCUUGUCUCUGUGUGGACAAUGGAAGGACCAGCAAAAGCAAAAAAUUCAUGUUAUAGAACUUCGUAACAAACAUCAUUUUGACACAAUUUAUGACAUUGACGCUUUACAAAUGAUUCAAGAUAUAUUGUUAGGAAAUUAUUCUGAACACUAAGUCAAUUCUGUCAACUAGAUGUGGUUUUCUUAGUGAUUGGGUACACCUGAUUCAGGUACACAUAAACUUCAGAUUUCUAAAUCAGAGCUUUAAACUAGACUGGUCUUCCCUGAGGGGUUCAACAACAUCUUUAAGUUGUAAUAACUGUUUCUGCUGGGAGUAAUAACUACCAUAUUUCAUUGCUUAUAUCCAGGAAUUCUGAACUUACAAGCUACAAAUUAUGAUCAGACCCAGUUAAGUGAUGUUUACAUUUCUAUAUAAGCAAUCUAAGCCCAGAAAUCAAUAUCUUCAGAAUGCCAAACAAAUUCACAUCUAUGUUUUCCCUUAUAAAGAGAUAUUAACCCAUUUCAAAUCAUAUCUCAAAUUAUCAGGUAAUUCCAGAUGAAGGCCACAUAGCUAGUUAGAUGUUAUUUGUUGAUAUCUUCAAUAGUAAUUUGUAAAAUGUUCUCAAAGUUACAGCAUCAAUCAAUUGCUUAAUUCAGAUAAAAACCAUUUUGCUUUAGUGUACUUUUUUUUAAAUAAAAAGGAUUUUCAUCCUGAGGAAUAUGAAUGAGCUCUCAGACAACCUUUGACCUGGCCAAUUAUGAUUCUACAUCUCUCGCAUUUGACUGAUCCUUAAUCUGGGACAGCUUUAUCAAUUCUCAGAGAAGCCACUAGAGGGCACAUUUUGAAAAAUGAUUCCCAUGGAGUAAACAGACAGCAGGCGUGUGGGGAAAAGAAACUUUAAAUGUACAACAGCAAGAAAACAUUUUAUUGUUACUUUUCAAUGUAAAACUCCAUAUGUAAGAAUUGAAGCUGCUGAAGUUAACCAGAGCUCUAGCAGCUCCUUUCCCUUUCUAAAUGUUGAAAUAUGAGCACCCCACGGUGAUUUACAAAUAGUGGAAUUCUUUAUAAUGGUCAAUGUUGGAACCGAAAACUUAAAGAGUUUGUGUAAUUGCUAAAUUUUCCACGAAGUGAAACAUAAUGGAUCAAACACAUGCUCAUGAUACAUAGCUUGUGGGAGUAUCAGUUCUCAGAAAAAUUUGUAGGCAAACAUCUCAUGGGUUAGACACUGCUUCAAACAGAUCUUUCUCAUUAUCAUUAGUUUGUCAGCUAUACAUGUCCUUCUGUGAAAUAAUAUUUUCCAAUCUCAAUCCUAUUGCCUACAGGGCAUAACUGUCCCUUAUUGAGUAUAACUUGACAUUCUCACCUGGACUGGCCACAGAAUGGCUGGUAAGAAAAAUGUCACAUUGCUGCAAUGGAAGCCACUAGAACAGAGAAUUGCAUCAUUUCCUAUCGAGCUGCAUGGUUGUACAAUGUGCUGACAACAGUAAAGUCUUACUCUGCAUUACUUCAAAAGUUACAUCUAGAAAGUUGGGAGUUUUACAAACAACAGUUCUGAUAAGUCACUGGACUCAAAAUGCCAGACCUGCUGAGUUUCACCAGCAAUUUCUUCUCUUGUUUUAUGUUCAAUUAAACAGUGGUUUCACUUUUUUUUGCUGAAACUGACUUGAAAUUACCAAAUGACUGGAAACAGAUGCUUGCUUAUGAAAUUGAAUUGGAGCUUUCCUGGAUUUCACAAAUGUUUGUUGUUGAUUGAUGUGGAUUUUUUAUAGUAUUGAUCAUGUGGUUUUAGAAAAGGAGAAAGAAGGGGCAAGUUAGUUGCUGCUAGUGAAUUCCUGGACAAAGAAAAAGUAAUUUUAACACUGGUUAUAUGGGGUAACUUGGGGGUAAGUCCCUCCUUGGAAUACUUUUCAUUUUAAUAGUUCCGCAAGUCUCCUUUGACAGCACUUUCCAAAUUCAUGACCAUUACCAUUUAGAUGGCCAAGGACAGCAGAUACAUGCAAACAUCACUACAUGCAAGUUCCCCUUCAAGCCACUCAUCAUCCUGACUUGGAAACAUUACACUGUUCUUUCACCGUCAUUGGGUCCAAAUCCUGGAAAUCCACAUCUACAAACACACACACAUGGCUGACAGUGUAACAGGUUGACCAACAUCAAAUGGCCAGCAUUGUUUCAAGAAGGCAGCUCACCAUCACCAUCUCAAAUGCUAUUAGGGAUAAGUAAUAAAUGCUGGCCAAGGCAACUAUACCCAUGUCCUAUGAAAGAAUGUUUUAAAAGACCUUCUUUGGCCUUGUUAAAACUAUAUUGCAGAUAUAUUCUUCAUCAACUUAAUGGAAACAACUAAACAAAAAGAUAUUAACUUUGAUUUUUGUGGUAAUUAUCAAUAAACUCUUCACCUUUAUGUUUAUGACACUUACAUUCCA